AUGUGUACAUAUGCUGAGCUGGAGCGCUUCGAUGUGCUCAAAAUCCAGUUCGUCGACACUGUCUCGCAGUCAUUCCACGCGCGCUGCCUUCUCCAGCUUCGUGUGAGAGGAGCCAAGGACCGGAGGGAUUCCUUCGUCACCUUCAAAGACGGCGCCACCGAGUCUGUCGAGUGGUUUGCGGGGCGGAUCGAGGUGCUCAACUCGUUUGAGCACGACUCGUGUAAGCUGAUAGACGAGAAGCCAACGGUCAGGGACGAUGGCGAAGACCUGCUUAUCCAGCUGCGGUUCGAGGGGCGCUUCAACCAGCCGAUGCGGCUGCACGCAUUCCCCUUCGACUCGCAAGAGCUGAGCAUCGAAUUUAUUAUUCUCUGCCGCGUCGACGGACCCGUCCCGGCCGAAGUGAACGUAUCGCCUCGCGUGAGCUGCAGACUCGUGGACAGUGGCUUCGCGCCACGCUUUCAGUGGCGGCCAAAGGGGAAGGUGCGCUGCCACGCAGGGACACACGAGGCAAACGGGCGCACCUUUCCCAAGUUUGGCGCUACGGUGAGAGUGGCGCGGGAGGCUCGUUUCUACGUCACCAACGUUGCGCUCCCCACCGCCGUCUUCUCCGGCCUCGCCUUCACCCUCUUCGCCGCGCAGCCGUCGGAGCCUAUGGAACGCCUGUCGGUUGCCUUCACGCUGCUCCUAACGAUGGCGGCGUACAAGAUCACGGUGGCGGGCAUGAUCCCGCAGGUGUCCUACGAGACCUUGCUCGACCGCUUCCUGCUCUACAACUUCUUCCUCCUCGUGGCGAUGGCGAUCGCCAGCGCAGUUUUGCCGCAAGUGGGACAAGAGGCGGAGGAUUUGGCCGACCGCGUCUGCUUGGCGCUUCUGGGCGCGGUUUGGUGCCUGAUCCAGGCGUGGUUCGUGGCCAAGGCGUGGAGUCGAGAAAGGAGUGAAAGGCUGAGGCGGGGUGGUGGCGGGCUCGUGAUAUAA